CGGAAGUGGGGCUUGUGAGCACUUUGUGUGAUAGGGAGCGCAGUGUUUUGGGGAAGGAGGCAGCCAGGAAGCUGCGGCUGGUGACCUGUGAGGGGCGCUGUGCGUGUCUUAGCAGAAGGUAAGAUCUGCUGACACUCUGAGCCCCUGGGUGUGGGAUACUGUGGGCAAUGCUGUCACUGCUGCCCCAGGGCUGGGCAGGAACUCAGAGGGUUAAAUACCUGUAACUGGAGAAUGUGCUAAAUUAGGAGCAGUAACCAUGGCAACCAAUGGGAUGCUUCCUGACAUUUCACACCACUUAUUAUGGCUUUAUAAAUGUGUCUGUCAGUGAUUUGGGGGGUCUGUCUGUGUCUGUCAGUGAUUUGGGGGGUCUGUCUGUGUCUGUCAUUGAUUUGGGGGGUCUGUCUGUGUCUGUCAUUGAUUUGGGGGGUCUGUCUGUGUCUGUCAGUGAUUUGGGGGUCUGUCUGUGUCUGUCAGUGACUUGGGGGUCUGUGUCUGUCAGUGACUUGGGGGUCUGUCUGUGUCUGUUAGUAAUUUGGGGGUCUGUCUGUAAUAGGAGUUUGCAUGCUUGUGUUCUGCCUGUGUUAUUUAUCUGGUUUGAUGGCUAGUGGGUUUUGUAACUUUUCUGUAAUUAAUUAAACUGCUUUCAAAUUGUGUUUUUAUUCUUUACAUCAAGUAAUGUUCUGCUCAUCAAAUAACAAGUCACCAAAACAUGCGCAAUUACCCCUUUCUAAGUUCUUGCUACUGCCAUCUCCAAAUUGUAUUUUAUGAUCAAUAUUAAGGGACACUAUAGGCAGCCAGACCACUUCAUCUUAUUGAAUUGUUUUUUUUGUUUGUUUUUCUGUGAAGUGCCCGUGUCUAACCCUGCAAUGUAAAACCUGUGUCUGAAUGGAGUCUUAGUCUGUGAUACGACGCAUGCUUUGUAUAAGGGACGUCUAGCGUCUUUGAUUCAAUGCUUUCCAAGGAGAAGGUAUUAAUGCUAGCGCCGGACAUUAGCAUUAGGUCUCACAAUCGCCAUGAAGUCGCAGGAGGAGGAGACCUAGCCAGCGCUGAGGGAGCCUUGGCACUGGAAAGAAGUAUAACAGUUAUGGGGGGGUUCCUGUUUGUUUAUGCGGUAUGUAGUCCCAAUGGCAUCUUGUUAUGAUUAAAGGUGGCAGAACUCUGUUUACUUAUCCCUGUCCCACAGAGUUGUCAUGAGCUGCUCAAAUCCAUAAACAUAGCCUCUCCAGCCAUUAAAGUGGCACGGUCAACCCAUCUGCCCCUUUUACAAAAGUGUCAAUUUCCCAGCCAUCUCCAGUGAUGUCCGUAGAGAUAUUAGCUGUAUCUACAGCGAGGACCAGCUGACGGCAAAUUCAGUUUCCGAAGUAAAGAUUCACAGAACCGUGAAUAAAUGUUUUCAGAGAGUUUAACAAAGCAACAGUUCUGAUUUGCUUGUCAACCUUUCAGUAAACAAAUAAUGGCUAGGACAGGUGCAUAAACUCGAAGGGUUCUUGUCCUCUUCCUUGUUGCAUUUUUAGAUCUGUAAAUAUGAGAUUUUUGUGCAACAACAACAAAAAUACACAAACAAAGAAAUAGGUUAUUGGUAGUGUACGUCUAUAGGAGAUUUCAAAGCCUUUUAAAAAGGCUAAACUAAGCCAAGCCAAACAAUUACUACAGCUUAUUGUAAUGGCUAAGGUGCAGACCUUCCACUUCUGAAUUCUUUUUUUUUUUUUGUUUAUUUUUUUUUGUCAAUUGACAAAACCUGUCCUUUUCCAACACUCCUAAGCUGCUGCCAAUAUAAUGUGGAAGUUAACCAUCUCCAAUAUUUUUUCAUUAUUUUUCACGUUUAAAAUCUCUCCUCCAUCUGCAUUUGUCAGUUCAGUAUACGUUUCUCAGUGUAUUCCCUUUUUAUCAAACGCAUUGUUUUAUCACCAUCUUUUUCAGCUCUUUCUCCACUUUAACCAACAUCUUCCUGUCCCUAAAAAGCUCCGAUUCUCUCUUGAUCUCCACUUUCAUAGCAGCUUCCUGUAAAACCCAACCGCUGCCCCCUCUCUAAGUGGCGGAUAGUUCUAGUUCAGUAGACACUUUAGAGUUCAGACUAUCUGUAUGAUUCCACUUGUCUUUAGUGUGAUGUAGAGAUUGCUUUAUCUGAUGCCACCAUCUGCAUAACUGUCAAGUUAUUUGAAAAUACAUUUCACAAUCUUCAUAAACUGAGUGCUAUCUCACUGUAAGUUUGGAAUCUGUCAGAACACAAAUGUUUUUAUUUGUAUCUUGGAAUAUGUAUUAAAAUUAGCGUUAUAUAUUUUAACAUAAUUGAUCCCUGAACACCAUCAUAUUAAAAGUAAAUAUUCAUAUUGCUAUUAAAUGGACUUUACUUUCUCUUAUUUGUUUAUAGGUCAAUGCCUACUCGAGCAGAGGAUUCGCUCAUCCAGGCCUUAGCCCAUCUGUUACGCAAUCAUGGUGAGUAUUAAAACCAGUAAAAAGGUGAUAUACUUAACUUUUAUUUAAGUUCGCUGCACUGCUGCUCCACUUUCCUGCCUGAGAUCAUCAAAAUUAUCCAUAGGGAAGCUUUGAGUAGCAUGAGCGCAUGCGGAUCAAAACCUAGCAGUAAAACAAUCCUCUUCACCUUAUAGCGAUGUAUUGAUUCAGUGCAUCUCUGUGGGCUCAGUGUCUCCUUGCAUAGCUUGGAGAAGGUGAAGUUCGGUCCUGCAAAGAUUGCAGGACUAAAAUACAAAAGCCCCUACUGACAGUCUGAGUGACAGCACCCAGAGAUAUUACCUGGGAACAAUGUGAACACUGUUUGUUUUUUUGGGGGGGGGGGUUUCUGAAAAGACAGCAUUUACAUUAAAAAGACAGCAGAGACAGGCUGUAGUGGAUCUGGUGAAUUAAAGUAUCUCUUUAUUAAGUACCUGCCAUAUGGUUAUUUAGCAGUUUUAAGCAAGUGUCAAGGUGUAUGUCUUGCAAAGUUAUUGGUAAGUUAACAGAAAAGGCAACUGAAAUUUGAAUUGUAAAGAAUCAGUCAAUCAUAAUUAGGUUUUUGUCAAAUAUCCAUAAUUUUUAGGAUGGUUUAUGGAGAAACGUACAAAAUCUUUCUUUACCUGUGAUGGAUAUAUAAACCUGUCCGAUCUGCAGCUCUUUCUUUACUGUAAAUAAAUAGUACUUCAUAUUGUUUUGAAUGUUUUUUUUUUUUUUUUUUUUUUUUUUUUUUUGUUUCAGGUGAAAGUGUCCUGAAUGGAUCCCGCGUGUUGACCCUCCUCACCCCAUGUCUCCAAGUUAUCACACGCCUGAUUGAACAGCUUUUCCCUCGAAUGCCAGGAUCUGGGUUCCAAGCGCUGCCGUCUCACCCUUCGGACAGUCCAUCAGUUCUGCAGACACAGUUCCUACUAGACAUGUUUCAAAAAGCACCUUCAUUAAAGGUAUGUUCCAUGUACCUUUUACCUGUGUAAGGAGCUCUGUUCAUUUAAUCCCCUUGCUGAGCAUAUGAUCAUAUUUGGGGCGGGCAGGGAGGGUGGGGGGGAGUUAUUAUCCCUGCGUCUUCACUUCUGAAAGCUCAAAUUUUGCAACAUAUUCUGUAGGAUGUACACGUCAAUAAAGAUUGAAAAUCUAUGGUGUUUUGUGCAUCUGUAGUUAAUUCUUCCCACUAUUAGUAUAUCUUUUAUAAAAAAAAAUACAAAGAUAGGAUAGGGGCUAUAAGUGUCAAUGGAGUAUAGAUAUAGUAGGCAGCAAACCCUAAUAGUAAGGUUACCCUCAACCCCUUACUGAAAGAUAUAGCAAAAACAAUAUACACAAAAUAUAGGUUACGCCAAUAUAAAGUCCAGUUAGUCCACAAUUUCUGGAGUCUGUUCUCAACUGGUAACCGUCCAGACUUCAAAGGAUUGGGAGUAUAUGAAAUAAAAGUAGAAAAUAACCAGUGAUGGUACAGAGUGUAUGGAAUAAGGUGCAGGACAUACAACAAUAAUGUGUUGGGUAAAUCACUCAUAUUUGAGAAAGCUAGAACACCGCUCUGAGUUUAACAGCGUGCAGCGGUACAAUCCCCACCGAUGGAUAUGUAGAUCUUGUGGCUGGUACCUCAAUGUAUGGUUUGAUAUAUAUGUAUAAAUGAUAACUGCAAACUAGUGCUUACUGUAAUAAUUGUUGUAAAGGUAAUAUUCUACUCACAUUUAGUGAAGCAGUAGACCCUGCUCAGAUGGUAGCGUAUGGGUGGUAUAAACCCCACCAAGGAUAUAAUGUUGGGUAGAUCCUUAAAGGAGUCGUAUCCAAAGUAUUAGGUAUGUAUUUUAGUGCCUGGAAAAGAGAAAAAUUUAAAAAAACAUAAAAGCCUAAAACGUGGGAUAAAUGGACAAACGCAAAAAGUAGUGAAUGCCAAAUCUACUUUAAUGCUUUAAAAAAACAAAGGUUAAAAUUCAACACAUUUUGCUAAUUGGGUGGCUUUCUCUAGUGUAGAUGUAAAUCUGUUCGAUAAAUGUUUGCUCUUUAAUUUUUUUGACAAGAGGACAGUUGACUCCCACAAUAUCGUGAUAUUCCCGGCAUACCAUGUGUCAGCUGACAUCUUCCUGAUAUGCUGAUGUCAUCUAUGUGGAUCACUACUGGGACAGAGAGCUGUCCGAUCCAAUGUGGGCUGAUCUGUGGCUGUUCGUAGACUUGGCCCCAGUAGCUAUUUUGUAAUACAUAUUUAUACUUCAUCACUCUCCCCCAAUCUGUUCUUUUAAUCUCUCACGGUUUACGAAUUUCACAUAGGCAUAUUGCAUCCGUAGUGGAUGUGUGGAUAACGGAGUAGAUUAUACUGUGUGUAUAUUAUGCUAGUAAAACGGUGUGCAGAUUUAUUCAUUAAAUCCCUUUGUGUUAGAUGAUGUGCUGUAACAGUCAAGAUAUCCUCUUUUCCUAAAUGUUACUUACCCAAAAUGUGCUUCCUGUUUUGAACAGUGCUGCUGACAUCGCAAGUUGUGGCAUAUGUUUAAUUAACCCGUUUCUCUCUGGUAGGACACUUCUAACAAGCAGCCAGGCAGGUCAGAGAGUUCAGAGGGCUGCUAAUAAAGUCUAGUUUAAUCUAGUUAAGCUGUGUGUUGUGUGAUUGUGUAUAUGGUCAUUCCAAAGGUUACAUUUAAACUGGCAUCAACUAAAUACUUUCAAGCAGGUAUGUUCUAACACCAUCUCCUGCUUCCAGUGAACUACAAUUACCAUGGUUCUUUUAUAAGCCACUCACUGGUCAUGGGGGGGAAAUAUUUUAAUAAUAUUAAUACCUCUAUAAAUAUAUAUAUUUUUUUUAAAACUAUUUUUUUGUGGCUAGACCAGUUUACCCAUAGUCUCCGAUUAUAUAAAAAAAAAACAAAAAAAAAAAACUUACUUUUUUUUAAGUCCAUGUUGUUUCCUUCUCUCUUUCAGCUGGUUCAUUCAGCAGACUCCCCUGAUCAGCUUGAUGUGACUAUCUUCCCAUUCAAGUCUCUUAAAUGCCUUGAGGUGAGAAUGCUGGGGAGCAAACUUUACUAUAGAGCAUUGCUUUAGCAAACUAGCUCCUAAAGAAUCCUUAUUUAUGGAUUAUAAGGAAUCCUUAUUUGGCUGUAAAGAGUGUCUUUAGACCCAUCUCCCCUUUCUACUCAAUCUAUUAAAUGAUCCACUGUAUGUUUAUAGUUCUGUAUUGAAAUCUGUACCUGAAACCACAGCUGUUCACUUAAUGGGACUUUAAGUUCCCUGUUUUUGUUUGUAAAUAUCACCCAUUCUUUAUUUUGAUCGUAAGCUCUGUGGGAUAGAUGGUUUAUUUACUUAACCGCAAAUUUUAAACCACAUUUACAAUUUUUUUGGCUAAAGUAGCUAAUUUGUAUAAUUUUUCCCUGUAUAUUGUUGUAGCGUAGCCAGGUUUUUCUGCUUCAAGUUCCAUUUUCUUUACUUAGCUAUUAUAGCAUCAGUUUUACACUUUGGUGUUUUAGUGACGAACCAUAAGGAUCCAUAGUGUCCUUAUAUUCCUAUUAUAUUUUUUGCCCAUACUAUAAAUCAUAGUGCAUGCUGGGAAAUACACCUGCUGGCACAAUAUAGAUAAAGUGUUAUAUUCUACCAGAUAAUUUAACCAAUAUGACUAAUCCUAAAUUCAUCUUACAGUUGCGCUUUCUCCCGCCACACUGCCUCUAUGGCUUGAGAUCUGUGUAUUCUCGACUGGAAGUACUAAUCUGCUUCAAAUGUAUUACGACCUUACAGGUGAGUAGAUGGUAAAAAACAAACAAACCUUGGGGUAGAUUUACUAUGAAAUUUGCAGAAGAACAUUUUAAAACAGCUCUUCUCAUCCGUCGUCUUAGCGGUCACCUCUUACCGUUCUAAAAGCUACAGGAUCUAUUUAUAAUCAGCCUUAGGAAAGUGUUGGUGUGCAGCCACCACUUAAGAUGACCUUGUUACACUUUAGCUGUGGCUAGAUUUACCAUUUUAUUAUUGCUUAUUCAGCCAUCGCCAUCAGUUAUAACUUUAUAUACUGUGCUUGCCAAGCUGCUGGCAAUUACUUUUAUUUUUACUUUUCUAUUGCCUUGUGGAAAUGGCUUAAUUCGUGAUUUUUUACGAAACAAGCUUUUUGCAGCUGUGGAUGCAGCUUUUCCGUUAGCUGUACUACAACUCCCAUAUUCUGCUACGCAGGGGUUUGAGUUAUUUGCAAAACUUACAAAGAAAGAUAUCGGAGCAUCAGGAUUGGCUGAACAUUUUUUAGAUUCUUAAUCUUGUUAAAAAAAUUACUGCAGAAGCUGAAAAGCCUACGAAUUUCCUACAAACUCAAAAAAAUUGAAAAACGUUAUAAAGAAUCUAAUACAUUAGAAAUUAAGGUUAAGUACAUCCAAACUUGCACCCUUGUCCUCUCUUGAUGUAGUCUAAGAAUACUUAUUUUAUUUUUUUUAAUUUGUAUUUGUUAUAACAUUGUGUUUGUGCUUGUUUUUUGUUUAUUUCUGUGGACUGGAAUGAUUACAUUCUAAAAUGUGUACAUUUCAAAGAAAAGAAAGGCAACAGUUUGAUCAGUCGGAGAAUUUUGACUCCAUUACAGAAGAUUCCUGCUGUUCCUUUGCUAGUCUGUGGUACUUAUUGUUAUGUUUAAGACAUCUCUUUACUACUGUCAGUUGGGUCUUUUCAUUGACAGAGCUUAUUAAGCUUCUCUAGAAUUCCCUUUGUCAAUGAGUGGAGGUGGGGGAGGGAGCAUUGAUCACGAUUUUGCUCAUUAUACAAGAGAAUCAGGUUUUACUAAAUGAUAAACUUAAUUUAGCAGGGCAGAAACUGGUUUAGACGUGUGAAUGCAAAACCACUAAGGUGCCAGAUAUACAUACCAGGAGCCGCUAUGCAAUGCCCCAUUCAUAUAUAAAAUAAAAAGAUUUGCAUGUGGUGCAAGGAUACACUAUCGGUUGUUCAUGGUAUUGGGGAUAAAGUGGUAUUCCAGAGCUUGUGUAUUGUGUUUGACAAUGAUGACCAACCUUGGUGGGCACUGCCACUAUUUGUGACGUGCAUUCUCAUGAUCUUAAGAUCCCUCUGGACUGCAUAUUCAGUUUUUAUAGUAUUCAUUCCUAUCCAUGGGCUUUUCUGAAAUGUAGACCUGGUGGUUUUCCACUAUUAGAUAUGUGAGCAAUUGUUUCUAUAUUUCCACGUAUCCCUGUAUAUAUCUUAUAUAAACCAAAUUUCAUAGUUUCUGCCCUGUCCUUUAGAAACUUAAAAUGUUUUUUGUUUGUUUGAAACUCCACAAAAAAAGCAACCUUUGGUGCUCCAUUUUACUUCUCUGCCUUAGAAUACACUUCCUGUUCUCAACUGGCAUUUCUCUGGCAAAGUAUUCUGGGAAUUGCAGUCCCAACUGGGAAUUGGGGCGAGAACUGGCAAAUUGUCUAAAAGGUUCUGCCAUAAUAUGCAGUUGUUGAGUGUUAACGAAUGUGUUGGCAUAUGUAAUAUUGGUUUAUUGUUCAAUGUAUCUCCAGGAAGUGAUCUCCCUCUGUGCUGGGGAUCUGACAUUGGCCCUGGCCUGGCUGGAGUUACACACUCUGAAUUUCAGCUACAACAUGAUCUGCAAAUUAGAUGGUUCACUGGUAUGUUCAAAUGCAACAAAAAAUGUCAAAAUAUGUGUGUAUAAUAAACCCUUUUUUUAUGCAACUUGUUUGUGUGUAAGGGCAGCAUUAUUUUCCUAUCUAUUUGGAAUAAUGCUUGUGUCAGGUUUCCUUUAUCACAUUUGUGGUACUAAUUGCUGAACUAGUUUUUUUUUGUUUUGUUUUUUUCCUCUGCUUUUGUUUAAAAGCUCAGUCUCUUUGUAUUUCUAAUUUCAGGAAUUGUUAAACAGCUUGAAGACUCUGGAUCUAAGCCACAACCAUAUCAAAGACUGUGAAUCCUAUUUAAAGGUGGUGUAUCUCCCACUCCCUCCCAGCAGCAUUAAGCAUUAGAAUAACCAUGUUGAGAUGUUAAAUAAUUAGCAUUUACCUUUGUCUGGAUAAUGUGCUAUUGAAUAGAAUUGCCUCCAGUACUUAGCAUAUUCUAUUUCUUUUUGUACUAGGUACUUGAAGAGCUCCGUUACCUGAAUUUGGGGUUUAAUCUGCUGACCUCAGUACCAGAGAUUAGUACAGCUGCUACAGCCACCCUGCAAACUCUUGUCCUGAGACAUAACCAGCUAGCCACCACUAGCGGUCAGUCUGUAUGUACAAGGGUAGAGACUGUCUUAUGGAAAGUGGCAUUUAGCGAGUCUUUCUUCAGUGAGUAACUACUUGACAAUUUUCCCCAACAGGACUUGAACAUCUCACAAACCUGCAACACUUGGAUUUAUCCUAUAAUCUCCUGCAUGAUCAUAAACAACUAAAAGGCCUGACCAAGCUGCACAGCUUGAGAAAGGUAAGAAUUGGUACCUGAGCACCUGCCAUGACCCAACAUGUACAUAAACAUGACUGUGUGCACUUUCUUGUGCUAGUUUAUGAUCCCUCAAACGAAGAUUGAGUGGUAAUUCAAGCAGGUAUUCUCUAUCAGGUGUCUAUUGUAUUUAACCAAGGCAAGACCCAAAGAGGAUUGAUCAACUUAAACAGGCAAAAUACAGCUUUAAUUGUUAUACCACCUGGCUUUGCACAAGAUAUUUUAAAGCAUGUUUUAUCUCUGGAUUUUCGCAGGAGUAUGUAGGGAAUAAAAUAGAUGUUGGUAAUAACUAUGAUAGAUUUCUUUUUUUUAUAACUUAAAGGACCACUAUACUCUGAAACUGCUAUGUUUAUAAAAAAAAAAUGGGUUAACCCUAGAUGGACCAGGCACCCAGACCACUUCAUUAGGCUGAAGUGGUCUGGGUGCCUAGAAUGGUCCUUUAAGAGUUCCUAUAAAUUUUCGGUUUUUACAUUUUCUAUCACGUUAGCUUUCAAGAAUGAAAAAUGUGAGAAGUUUGUAAAGUUAUGUUGAAUGCAGCACUCUGUAUUUGGCCAUAGGAAUGCAGUGAAGGUGUACGUUAGCCGUGGUUAUGUUGUUAUUGAAAAGGCUAUGAUGAUAUUUGACCUGUACGUCAAAGUCCAACAUCCACAAUAAAACUGAAGCAUUUUGGAAUGCAUGUUAAAUGCUGAAAUCCUGAUUUGCCUUUCACUUGUGCAUUUGUAUCUAUCCACUGCACAGCAUUCUGGGAAAUGUUAUACACAAGUCUGUCAUUUUAACAUAUUUAUUUAUUUAUUAUGUAUAUUGUAGCAAAUUUGGUCACGAACAAAGGGACAUUUUGAUUGUUAGCUUUUUAAAGAAAGAUAUAGUUUUAAUGUUCUAUUUUUAGGCUUUUCUGAUCCACGGCUAUUGUUUGUGGUAAAAUCACAAAUCUUUGUGUGGAGGUGAUGGGGGUUUUGGGGGAGGGAGGGGGUUUGUGAAUUUUUUUAAAAAAUUUUUUUUUUUUUUAUUUUUUUUUUUUCUCCAUUUAUUUUUAACUUUAUGAAGUAUCUGCUACAACUUAAAUUAUCUCCUUAAUUAUUCCAGUUUACAUAACAUAACUGAAUAUUUGCAAAAUUUUCAUACCCAAAAUGGGAACUAAGCAGAUAAUACACCAAUUGAAGAGUUGUUUUAAAAAUAAAAAUGACAAUUUUAAGAUUUUCAAUGCAGAGUGGCCUAUAAAUGGAUUUGUGAUCUUCUUUGAGCUUCUGUGGAAUGUGGGAAAGGGUCAUCUUUUUGACCCAUCCUGUUGUCUUUUUAUAAGGCCUGGCAUGUUUAAAUAGCCAAACCCUUUGUGUGCUGGGAGGAGGGGGCAGGUUAUUUCUAUCACUCACUUCUUAUCUUCUGUCAUAGCUCUUCCUUGAAGGCAACCCGCUAUACUAUCACAAGGAUCAUCAGCUACUAACCGUGCAAUAUCUGUCCCCUCGCACCCUAAACAAGGUGAGUUUAUGAAUGAGGUUUAUUGGGGUAACUCCUUUCCCUCGCUCUCACUAACCUCCCAUUAAUCUAUUUUGCUGUCUGAUUUUACUGCAGAUGUUCCUGGAUGGAUACUUAAUGAUUUCCUUAGAGUCAAUGGUAAGUCCUUACAAACAUUAUCUAUUAAAAGUCCCAUUUGUGUUUGUUUGUUUUUUGUUGUUUUUUUUUUUUAUCUUGGUUUAUUUUGUGUGCCUGGUCUGUCUAGAACAGGAGUGCCCAAAAGAUCGAUCCCAGGAUGUUUUAAAACUACAGCUUCAGUGAUCCUCCUCUGUUUUAAAGACAUGCAAAGCAUUAUGGGCGUUGUAGUUCUACAUCUGGGGAUCUACCUUUUUGUCAUCCCUGGUCUAGAAAAUAGAUUUACAAAAGAUGUUGAAAAGGCUGUCUCUCUCUAUCUGUUUCUACACAGAAUCCAGCACCAGUGUAUCCCUUACUCUAAUAAGAGCAGGCAUUGGGUUGCUAGGAGAGGACCUGCCAAGGCUGGGGUACAUUGUUGUUGUGUCAGGCGUAUGCAAUGCAAGAUUGCAUAUUGUAACUAAAUCCACUUUAUUUCUGCCGAUGUCAGGUGUUUUUAAAAACUAUUACAUGGGGUAAGCUUUUUAGCUGGUGUUUUAGUGAGUGUGCUGGUUUCUGUGUCUUGUGUUGAUGUGUCUUUUAAAUCACGGACUGCUUUUUGGGCUUUGUGCAGCUAAAAGCAGUUCAACAGAUUGCAUUGGUUUUGUUAGUCUUCCUGUGUGCAUUCAUGAGUUUUUGUUUAUACUUGUAACUUCCCCCCAUUAGAAAGCUGAAGAUGAGAUUCCCAACUCUACAAAUAGCAGUCCCUCUCCAGUAGAAUUAUUGGACAGCUGUUCAGGAGUGGAAACAAAAGCUUCCUCACUGCCACGGAAAAAAUCCAAGGUGAGACGCCAAGUUUGCCGUAACACCUGGCAACGGUAGAAAAGGCUACGUGUAGGUUUGGAACUACAGCCAUCUUCUGGUUUUUUAUUUUUUUUAUUUUAUUUUUUUAUUUUUUUUAGGUUAAAGUUCGUACGGCCAGUAUUUCUGAGCCCAGUGACAAUGACUGUGACAGACGGCGACUGAAAAAACGUGAGUGCCUACUAACUAUGUUUAAGUUUGUGUAUUACAGCUAUGGCACUGCAUCUCAUGUUGUUGUGCAGUCCAGAGAGCCAUUAUCAUCUUUUCUGUCCGCAUGUUUAAACCAACCUGAUCAUUGCAAAAUUUGCAGAUGGAUAAAUGUGAUUGAUUUUCUCUUCUUUAUAAAGUGAUAACAAAAUGAAAAAUGUUAGUUUCAUUAUUAAAGGGACAUUAUAAUUAAACAGAAGAUUAACUUUAAGAAUACGUUUGGUUUGACUGUGAUUGGCAUUUUUAGUACAUGCGAGUUUUGCUCUGUUGAGACUGCACACUAUAGAUACUUAUGAUUCUGUUUCGGAAGUCAAAGUUGUGUUUUGAUGUCUUAUAUUUUUUGAUGUUUCUUCAUCUGUCAAUAUGGGCAUUGCUUUUGAUACCCACACAUCCAGAGAAGUGGCCAUAACCUUUGGUGGUCCGUAGGAUAGAGGUUUCAUUCAAUCUACCAACACUAUUUCUAGAUUUUUUUUUUUUUUUUUUUGGCAUAAUAACUGUGUCUUGCACACGCAUUACUCUGCUUUCCUCUACCCAUGUCUUCCACCUGUCCACCAUAUUCUUCUGGCCAUGUCCUUUUAUAUAUUGAAUGGUUCGAACAAUGUGAAUAAUUCACAAGAAUUUUGCUUUUCCCGUUGCCACUGCAUUUACUUUUAACUCUCCAACAUCGUUACAGAGCCUGUUUUGCAGCACCAAAAAGUUAUCGAACGGACGGAGAGUUUUCGGAAUCAGUAUGGUGCUGACUGGCUGCAGUACAGAGAUCACCUGGAGAGGGAGCUUAAUGAAGAUAACCCCCAGAUCGAGAGUCUUCUCCCAGUCAGCCAGUCUCCAUUGGAUGCUGAGCCUUUCUUCAAGAAUAUGGAAACCCCUGUAGAGACCAAGCAGACCAGUCCCUCCCCCACACAAGAGUUGCCUGAACCACUUGUGGAGGUGUGUCAGGAACCAAAUAACACAGAUGUGACAGAAGUUAAGUUGCUGGAUGACGACGAUGAUGAUGAUGGCUUCUCUUGGGGAGAUGUAGCAGCUAGGGCGGCUGAAGAAGACAAAUAUGAAAUAGUUGGUAAGUUGUGUGUCACAUAAUGUUGAUUCUGAUUUAAUAUCCUUUCUUUUUCAAGCACUAAUAUGUUUGGUAGAGUAGUACAAUUUAAAUAUGAGGUUACUAAAAUGCAUUAAAGGGGGGGGGGAGAGAGAGAUUGAAAAGGAGAUUUUAUACCCUGGGAAGGAAGAAAGUAUGCAGAAGAGUAGACAAAAGAGGGAGAAAGCCUAGCUCACCAGCAAUAUAUCACUGUAAAAAUCUGAUGAUAUAUGAUUGAUUAUUUAAGCACUUUCAGUGAAAAGGCAUGGCUUUCUUGUUAGAGUACAUAUUUCCUGUUGUGUAGACACUUUCAUUCUGUGCUUUGCAAACUUUUCAGUGUCCGUUUUUUGCUCCUCAGAUCCACUGGGUCCCCCAGUAGCUGUGUCCCCAAUCCAGGAUGGGCGCCCGUGUUAUAGUGAUUGGCCUUUUAUUUUUUUCCAUCUGACUCGAGAGUGCUUCUUUGAGAUCGCCCUGGAUAGAGGACAGUUAUUGACCAAAAGGCACCUGUCCAACCUCAUGGAUGUUAAGACAUCUGUGAUACCCUGGACCUGGAAGGUAACGAUGGAGUAAAGCAAAUUGUAAUAUUUCCUAAAAAUGGCAGUAGUUCACUUACAAAGUUACAAUUACAAAUGCAGCUACGAAGCGGAGUUGUAUUUAAACGUUUUCCACUUGGCAAUAUGUGUCCAUUGUAAAAUAGGUCUAAUGCCAGCUACUUUGGUGUGGAAGUUUUCAAAGCUACUUGCAGUAGCAAUCAGAUUUUUUAAAAGCCCAUAUUUCCUAAAUUGCUGGGAGUAUCGGACACAAACAUUGUAAAAUUAUGUAAUGUCAAGUCUCAACCAUAAUGGCGACAUAUGCCACAUAUAGACAGUCCACCACUGCAAAAUGGACGAGUGGUCACACGGACUCAUCGUCUGGGACUGAUGGACAAAGUACAGGAUAAAUUCUUCAGACGUACUCCACGACAACACUGAAUUGGGACCUAGUCUCAACAAAACCUUGCACAUCCUGUGCCUUUUAGAACACUGUUAUUAUUUUUAUAUAGCGUCAACAAUUCCGUAGCGCUUUACAAUGGGUUAUAUGCCAUCACAUCGUUCUAGAAACAUAAGAUUUGAUAUGCUAAAAUAUGUAUAGAAUAAAGCCAUUUUUAUCUGGAGCAGUAGCUCUGGCCUAAUAUCUGCAGCACCAUUGUUUUAUAAUUAAUUUUUUCCUGAAUCUACAGAUCUUUAGGAAAGAGAAUAUUAGCUGUACUGCUUUAGCAAAGUUAUUGCGUGCAGUCUCUGAAUGAAUAUGACAAACGUCAAGCCUGAUUGCAUAAGACGAACUUUCUGAGCAAUGCAGUCACCCUGUCCUGUAGGAGUUGUGAAGCCUUUCCUGUCUGUUUUAGUGCAUGGAGUACCAUUCACGUGCAUUAUCACACCUCUCAUCAUCCUGCAUAUACUGCAUGUCUAGGCUAAUAAUGAGUAACAGAAGGAUCAUUGGGAUUAAUCCAUGCUUUAUGCUCACGUAUUAGAAGUUCUUGUUACCAACAUUGUCAAUUCUUUAUAGCUGUCUGGGAAUUUUUAUUUUUUAUUAAUUUCACCAUCUAUGGGCCUUUUACUGGCUGACAAUGUGUUUGGGUCCUCCCUCCCAAUGUGCCCUUCUCCUUUCAACUUUCCUUUGAGUUUUAAAAUGUUUUCUUGUUGGAGCCACGUUUUUCAUUUCCUCAAACAAUGUCUGUUUCUGUAGGAUGAAGUGCAGGAAUUUCCGCUCAUUACUCUUUUCUUUGACUCGGUAAUUGAGGAGAGAAAGAAGGCGCAGUAUGUGGUGCUGGAUGAUUCUCCAGACGACUCUGCAAAGGUAAGACCAUCUAAAAAGGAAGGAGUUUAGCUUCAGAGUACUACCCCACUCUCCUCGAUUUUUCACGUGGAACAAACUGCAAUUUUGUUUAACAUUUCAUUUACAAGCAAAUGGAGAGACUAUGGUUACAGUCCUUCCUCCUUUUUUUUUCUUUUUCUUUUUUUUUGACCAAGCAAAUUUUAGGAUUACUGUCAUUCUCAUCCAAAACUUUUAUAGGUAUAAUCCUGAUUCAGCAGUGCCGAAUUGUUUAUAACCCUUUCAAAGCUACCAAAUCGACACAAGCUAGGGAGGAUGUGUGAAAUCGGCAGUACCAAAGUGCUAAUGUUUUCCACAGCCAGAUAAUGCUAAUGCCAAUAUUUCUGGAAAAUGAAUGGUAGUUUCCCAAGCAAUCCCAUGAAAUUGGCUUAUUUGUACUGCAUUUGACCUGUCUUUUUACCCCAGUAGUGAUGUGUGUGUGUGUGUGUGUGUGUGUGUGUAUAUAUAUAUAUAUAUAUAUAUAUAUAUAUAUAUAUAUAUAUAUAUAUAUAUAUAUAUAUAUAUAUAUACAUACAUACAUACAUACAUAUACACACACAUACAUUGAUGUUGGUUUGUGUAAUGCACCUUAUCCUGUUGAAAGUUCUGUAUUAAGAACUGAAACGUCGAUUGUGUGUGGCAGUUGCUGAAUAAAAGCUAAGUUUUUUUCACCAUUUACUUUUUGAAGUCCUUAGAGUGCUGUUACCUACCAUUUUUAUUUAUAUAUAUAUAUAUAUAUAUAUAUAUAUAUAUAUAUAUAUAUAUAUAUAUAUAUAUACACGCACGUCAUUUAGAUCUGUACAAGAGCAGACAUGCAGUCCGUGGAGCAGGACAGUUGCAGUGAUUUGUUUUUGACCAAUCACUUGAGUUACAAGGAAUUGUGGGCAGUGAGACCGGGAUUGAGAACGUCUUUUCAAAAUAACAUGAGCAUAGGUUGUAAGAUUGAUUAACAAAAUGCUUUUUUGUUUGCCUGUUGACUACUACUCUUUAACUACAUGUUUACCUUGUCCUAUUGGUUUAGAUGCUGUGCGAUGCUUUGCGUCCCAUCAUUGAGGAAAACAAGAAAGAGAAGGAGAGAAAAGAGGCUGCAAAGCCAAAACCGUUAUACCGGUGUCUAAAGUGUUACAAAAUAUUUGGCCUAGAAGAAUGCAAUAAUGCAGUGAAUGGUAAAAUAAACGGGAUAAACAAAGUGCGUGACUCACCACCAGGUUCUCCUUCAGGUAACUACGACUAUUGUGAUCUAUUAAAACCGUGUUUUGGUUGGAGCCACCCUUUAAUUUGAAUACUCCCUUACUUAUAGUUCAGGCUAAAAUCUAAGUGUUGGGAUUGCAGUUGUCCGUAAACAGAGUUUUCGGUAUACAGGAUGCACAGGAUGAUAACCUUCUAUAAUGUUCUUUCUUUUCCAGUUGUGGAUACGUGCCCUGGCUGUGGUAGUUCAUAUGUUAUAUUUUCACCGCCCCCUGAAGAGAGAAGCUUUGUUAACUCUCCACGUGGUGCCUACCCUGACCGGGAAGAGCAGAAGUCUUCUCCCUCUGAGGAGGAAACGGACAGCCCUGGACCAUGCAACGGUGCAGAGAGCGGAGUGUUAAACACCUUAGACCGCGUACGGCAGGCACUAAAGCGUGCUUCAUUCAGUAGUGGGAAUACUCUAACGGGAAGCUCCAAAUCCAGCUCUCCAUCCCCUCCAUCAAGCCAAUCAGUCCAUGAAGUAGAGCAGCCAUGGCAGCUUACCCCAGGUUCGUAUGUGCCAAAUUUGCAGCUUUUAACAUGAACUGAAGGGAGGGAGUAUGGAACGUAUUUGUUAUCUGUGACCGGGUAUGUGGGCCAUCUAAGCAGCAACAAAUUUUUGACUAUAUUUUCCAGCAUUCUCUGCUAAUUGUAUCUGAACAUCAUUCUAACAUUUGAGGGGAAAAAACUAUUUCAUUCUUAGUGAGUAGUAUUUAGUAAAUGUAUGGGGUUUAUAAAAGCAGACUUGCAUUUUUCAAACAUUGGGUAACAUACAUUCAUAGGGCGCACUCUAAAAUGACAACGUAAGUUAUAAACAAUACUAGUUGAAUUUACCUGGGUCUGGAGACAAGUGGCAAUUGAGCGGCUAGUGCUUUCUUAGUGCGUUUGAUUAAUUAAAAAUUCUCUUGUAGGUUCUUUUCAGACUUUAGAUUUUCGAUUGGUGGAUCAUCGUCUCAAGUUCCAUCUUGAUUUUGAAAUAAUCGUAGAACACCAGGAGGAAUACCAAUGCUGCUUUAAGGUGAGGCUAAGGUUAGGGUCCCUAUAUACACAUUUUCUACUGUGCGAUUAUCCGGUGUCUCUCUUUAAGAAACCUCAGGGAUGUCUUUAAUACUUGUGAAUCUACCUCACUAAAAGCUGUGUCUUUAGUUAAAGGGACACUCAAUCAAUCCAACUUAUAGUCGUAGUAUAGUACUAUAAUAUAGUACUAUAAUUCUAAUGUUCUAGCAGUUUUAUAUUAAAGCUUAGAUUCCCCCGUAAUAUGGUGCCCAAGGUCUGCUUACACCAAACUACUAUAAGCUUUAGUAGUUAUUGUACUUACUGUCACUUUAAUGUCUCACCUCAACCCCUAAUUCACUAUUAAAACCGAUUGCUGGUGUCGGGAAUUGGCAGUCUGCAUGCUGUUUUCUGUUUUUAUUUCCUAUUUCUUUAGUGUCACAAUGAUAUCCUUCACAUUUGAAUGCGUUUUUUUUUUUUUGUUUUUUUUUAAUUUUGCAUUCUAGGUCCCUGUUGUUCGUUUUGGUAAAGCCUCUCAUUUUUGUGGUCUGGUAGUUGUGUCAAACCAGAAAAUCUAUUUCUUAGAGAUUAGAGGUGAAAUCAGGUAUGUAAAGGGCAAGGAGAUGUUUGCUGUGUUACUUAUGGGGGUGUAAAGUCUGCUUAAAAUAACAGAUUUGCUCUUGUAGGGGAUCACCAUGUAACUGGGUGAAGCCUGGAGAUGUGUACAGCCUCGACUUGUUCACACACAUGCAGAUCGGCUUGAACCAGCAGAUGCUGCAUCUUGGCUUUGAUGGCCCUGACGCUGCCUAUACCCUUCUGAUUGGAAAUCGAACGUACACCACAAUGUUCAGUCAGAACAUUCUGGGUAAGGCCUGAGCUGGUGUCUGUUUUGAGAUUCUUCCUUUAGAUAUUUAUGGGGGAUAGUGUGUGUUUUAUUACUGAGGUUAAUGUGAACCUGGUUUAUUGUUUGCAGACACCCUUUCGGAGUUACCGCCACGAUAUCUAAAAAGUCUUGUGCAAAUUCCUGAAGAGGUGGUCACACCACAGCACCGCAUCUGGUAAGACUUUUUCUUCAGUUUUAUUACCAGACAGGGACUAGACAGUCUUCCACUCUAGAUCAAGAAUGGCCAAGCCUGGCUUGAGAUAAAGAAAACAAUGACUGUAAUAUAUAUUAAAGUGCAAGCUCAGCUGUCCGCAUUAAGGGAAACCUGUUAGAUGGGUCCUACACUACAAAGCCUUUGUGGUUGGCAAGCAGAGUUUGCCAUAGCUUUGGACAUGCCUAAAAGAUUUGCCUUGAUGUUGCAAGGUGAGCGCUUAGAUUUAGACCUACAAAAAGCCUUGUACCUUAAAAGUAUACAAAAUGGGUUUGGAAUAUAGUACAUAUAACAUGACCCCUAUAUUUUGUCUUAAUGAUUUGUUCAUACAUUGAAGAUAGACUAUGUAGCCACCCAAGAAUGAUGAUAUUGGAGCGGGCUAGAUAGGAAUAUUAUUUCUCACUCUCACAUCGUUCUUUCUCCUUCUCUUACAAGGCCGCUUUUAUGUGCUCAGCCAGGAGCUGAAACUCCCCCUGAGUUUAUGUAUAUAACUGUGUCUUUCCUAAAAGGUAAGCAGAUUUUUUUUCUUUCUUUUUAUUUUAUGUUCUACAAACUGGACCUCUGUAUUCACUAUGUGGACAAAACGUAUUGGGACACACUCUUAUUGCCAUCGGUGUAUAAAAUCAAGCAAAAAAAGCCAUGCAAUCUGCAUUUACAAACAUUUGUAAAAAUAAAUUGGUCGUGAAUUUAAGCAUAGUGUACUGUGUUACGAUGCCAACUUUACAAUAAGUCAGUUAGUGAAAUUGCAUCCCUAAUAUUCCACGAUCAACUGUUUAUGGUAUUAUUGUAAAGUGGAAGCAUUUAGCAACAACGGCAACUCUACCACGAAGCAAAUGACCACGUAAAGUCACAGAGCUGGGUCACAAAGUACAGAGGCGCAUGGUGCGUAAAGGUCGCCAAUGCUCUGCUGGUUCCAUAGUGGAAGAGCUGAAACUUUCACUGGCAUUAAUAUUGGCACAAAAACUGUGCGGCAAGAGCACUUUGGAAUGGGCUGAGAAGCUGCGUGCAAGGCUGACAUCACCAAGUACAAUGCCGAGCAUCAGAUUGACCGGUGUAAAGCACACUGCCCCUGGACUGGAGCAGUUUAAACGUGUUCUGUGGAGUGACGAAUCAUACGUAUCUGGAUAUUUUCUUUCACAGCAUGACGGUGCCACAGUGCACAAAGCAAGGUCCAUAGAGACAUGGUUGGAUGAGUUCGGUGUGGAAGAACAAGACUGGCUCACACAGAGCCCUGACCUCAGUCACGUCACACACCUUUGGGAUGAACUGCAACAGAGAUCGCAAUCCAUGCCUUCUCAUCCAACCUCACUGCCUGACCUCACAAAUGCUCUACUGGAUGAAUGGGCAAAAAAUACCAUAGAAACACUCCACAAUCUUGUGAAAAGCCUUCCCAGAAGAGCUGAGGCUGUUUUAGCUGCAAAGGGGGGACCAACUACAUAUUAAUGUCUAUGUAUUUAGAAUGCAAUGUCGUAAAGGCUGCUGUUGGUGUAAUGAUCAGGUUUCCAAUACUUUUGUCCAUAUAGUGUACCUGGAUAUAUGUAUCUUCCAACUUUUCCCAAAGCCCUCAAACAACAAAAUAGAAUCUCAGAAGGAAUUUCUGUUCAUUGAAAAAUCUAUCUGCUUGUUGUGUUACAAAACCACAGAUGUAUAGAACGGAAGAAAGGGUUCAACGCUCUCUAUCUAUACAAAAUACAACCGAAACAAUAAUAAAAUAAGUAAAAGGUGGCAGCACACCUAAAAGUAGGGCUCCCUCAAGGCCUUACAACAGAAAUGGUACUAGAAACCACAUAAAUUAAAAGAGCAUAGAGUAGGCAGACUAAAACGCAAGAUAUAUAUAAUAGAUAAUAAACAAAUAGAAGUCCAGAAUAAAUAGUCUGACUGGUAGGUGAAUCAAACAACGAGGUAUAUCUUUGUAGAGGUGAAUAGUCUUUAGUAGUGGGGGAUUCUUCAGAGUGGUGUAGAUGCGUCUUUGUACAUCAUAUGAAAUGAAAAAAAAAUAACAACUGAUGGUGUAGUAUGUCCCGAAAGGGGUAGAAACAAUAAGAGUAUAUGGUCCUACUCACGUUUUCAAGAGCUAUGGACUUAGCCCUGGUGUUGAUUUCUACCCCUUUGUUUCUACCCCUUUCGGGACAUACCACACCAUCAGUUGUUGUUUUUUUUUAUUUAAUAUGAUGUACAAAGAGGCAUCUACACCACUCUGAAGAAUCCCCACUACUAAAGACUAUUCACCUCUACAAAGAUAUACCUCGUUGUUUGAUUCACCUACCAGUCAGACUAUUUAUUCUGGACUUCUAUUUGUUUAUUAUCUAUUAUAUAUCUUGUGUUUUAGUCUGCCUACUCUAUGCUCUCUUAAUUUAUGUGGUUUUUAGUGGCGCUACCUUCUAUUCUCCUCUUUUUUUUUUUUUUUUUUUUACCACAGAUGUUACUAAAUUCCAGUGGCAUGUGGAGCACUGCUAUAUGUGUUCAGAUAGACUCCUGAUUCAAGCAGUAUUCUCUGUAGCACAGGGGUUGGCAAUCUUUGGCACUCCAGAUGUUUUGGACUAUAUCUCCCAUGAUGCUUUGCCAGAAUUAUAGAAGAUGUAGUAAACCUCUGGAGUGCCAAAGGUUGCCUACCCCUGCUAUAGAGGAUUGCCAUCUGUACAUGUUUCUAUUUAUUUAUUUAAACAUUGCAGGUGUUUUCACUGCGUUAAAUAAAUGUCUAACCAUUAAAAUUUGCCAAGUAGCAGUAGUGUGCUUUUGUUUGUUUUGUGUUUUUUUGUUUUUUUUGCCUUCCCUAUAAAUCUUAAAUUAAUCUAAAAUGUUGUUAAAUUUGCCCAGCUCCUAAUUUUUGCAGAUUUUUCCCAGUCUUGAUUCUGCUUUUAUCUUUGUUUGGCUUAACAGCUGAUAUAACUUUUUACUAAUAUGUAGCAACCGAUUUCUCAAAUCUAAAGGAACACUCUCCAAGCACUAUAUUUUCUACAACCCAUUUGUAGUGGUUAUGGUGCCAGGUGUAUCCACCCUAGCAAAAUCUGUCAAACCAUUUAAUCGUCUGCACCGCACUGCUUCCAGUCUUGGCAGGAAGAAGCUUGAUGCCAAUAUACACAAGCAUUCAUUGGCUGAGAUCGUCAGCUGAAAGUUUUGAGCCAACAAAUGAGUUUGAGUUCUUGUUUUGAACAAAACAGUCAUCUGUUUUCUUCAGCUCUGAGAAAACCAAACAGAGUGGGACCCAGGUUAGCAUUGAACCAUGCUUAAAUGGUUUGACCAAUUACACUGGGACAGCACCAGGGCCCUCCUGGCACUAUAACCACCACAGCAGGCUGUACUAGUUACAGUGCUUGAUAUAUUCUUUAAAGGUAGUCUUUGGUCUCUUCUACAGAAUAUGCUGUCUGGAUACACUGAGCUGCCUCCCAUGUGUGGAUUCUCAAACAUUCUAGUUGUGUAUGUGCAGUUACAGAAUUCAUGAUGUUUGUAUAUUGUGUGUGUGCUUUGCCUUAUUUAAAAUCACUGGUGCAUUAACGCCACGUCAAUAAGCUGAAUGUCAAUGGAAAAUCCACCAAUUUGUAGUUCUUUAAACACAUGGUAAAAAGGAUUAUUGAAAUAGUGUUUUGCCAGGUGUGGAAAGGCUCUGCAUUGUGUUAUACAUUUGUCGGUUCUCCGGACUAUGAGAUUAAAAAUCUUUGGCACUGAUUGUUUUGUCAUUGCAUUAACGUCCCUGCUGUCUUUUGCUUGACAGGUUGGUGGGUUUGGCGUAAGUUACAAUCUUCACUGCAGCAUUUUUUAUUCUAUAUUGUAGUAAUAAAAAAAGUUUAAAUCCCUCUCCUUUUGUUUUUUUUUUUUAGUGGAUGUUGUCAACCUAGCCAGGGACAAUUUGCCAGACUGUGAUCUUGCAUUUGGUGCAACCUUGGCACAGAGAGAAUCCUCUGCCAAGCCAGUAUCUCUGCUGAUUACACACACACAUGCGUAUGUGCUGGAGGAUGCACACCAUUGGAAUCCCUCUCCUCCAGCUGAAUCGAACGACCUCGCAAACUGUCCAGAAUCCUUCCGAAUUAAAGAGAAAGAACCCAUUGUUGCUGUCUGUGCCGUGCACUUAUUCCCAUCUCAUCCCUGUCAUUUCCACAUCCGGAUACAUAACGAGGUAUGUUAAACAUCAGCAAUGCUCCCUAGUUGCGUACUUGGUUGCCAAAGUCUGACUCUUUUUUGCCUCAUUCUCAUUCUGCUAAAAUUCCUCAAAUUACUUAAAGGGAUACUAUAGUCACCGAGACCACUUCAGCUCAAUAAAGUGGUCUGGGUGCCAGGUCCCCCAGGUUUUAACCCUUCAGAUGUAAACAUAGCAGUUGACAUUGCAGGGUUAAUCCAGCCUCUAGUGACUGGCUUCCUGACAGCUGCUAGAGGCGCUUCUGCAACCCUGGAUGCGGAAAUCUCAUUCAGCGUGCAGAACGUCCAUAGUAAAGCAUUGAGAAAUUCUUUCCUAUAGACUGUUUGAAUGCGCGCGCUGCUCUUGCCGCACAUGUGCAUUCCGAUCCAUUUGGGAGCCGAUGUCGGAUGGGGAGGAGAAGUCACCAGUAGAGAUGUCGCGAACCGUCCGCGAACUUCUCGUGAACGGUUCGCCACGAACCGUUCGCGGCGAACUCCGGUCAGCUGACACAUCCCGGCCAAUCUCCAGCAGACCCUCCCUCCUCCUGGACAGCAUCCAUGUUGAAGCUGCCUUAGACAUUCCUUGUAUGGCAAUCUGAAUUUAUAGUACACGGGCUAGUGUCACAGUGGACGCCAAGUACUGUGCAUUAUUACAUGUAGUGUACACGACGUUCUUAGAGCAGUGCUUUCACUCUGUACUUACCCAAUCGCUUUCUCUUCUUUUCCUCUUUCCUACAGUCUUCCCUUUUUGUUUUUUUACUUUUUUUUUUAUCUCUAACUAAAAUAAGGCAAAAAGGAACUAAUUUGUCUUCGUAUUUUUCCUACGCUUGACUUUCUUAGACACUUGGCGGAGCCACCGUGUCAAUGCCGACAGUCGUCACUAAUGACUGCUGCAGGGAAUUGGCUCUGUCUAUGGAGGAUCUCGCUGGAUCCUCCAUAGAUCUCAAUGCUGGACCCCCCCCAGUGGCGAUGUCGCCUUUUGAAUGUUUUUGCAAUGUCCCCAGGUGGUGCCAAUUUAAACGGUUAGAGUUGGCCUGAUAAAUCAUUGUGUUGACUGGUAUGUGUAACCCUACAUGACCGAUAAACAUGUUUCCACAAUUAUAAGUACCCCAUUGUACAGCAAUACGGAUAUUUGUUGGCGCUUUAUAAAUAAUAAAACCACAGUUUGAAUCUGCAUAGGCUGCAGCGAUGUGCUGAGAAUGUCCGUCUGGGCAUUGUGUUUUCAUUUCUACACAUUCUUUGCCUCUUACUGACCCAGCUUCGAGCAGCUGUGAGGUAUUUGUGAGGGAGGAAAGGACAAACUGAGAUAAGGAUACUUAAGGAAAUGGAGUGGAGUAAUUAUUAAUGAGCAUGUGUUCUGGGAGAAGGAGGAGAUAAAUAACUAGAAAGGAUGUGCAUGUAGUUCAGAAGGUUAAUUAUGUUAUAAAUGCACAGUAUACAUGUAGAUUUUCUCUUUCCUCCUUUUUCUGUCCUAUUCAGCUUUUACCCUUCCUGCUUACAAAUCCCCAAAAAUGAAGCUUUGCAUUUGUGACAACUGAAAGGUGGCCAUUUAAUAUAGAUUUUACCUUUACACAUCUUUCUGGACGGGCAUCAUUCACAGAAAGAUAUCAAAAUAUUUAAAGGAAUAACAUAGGGUCAGGAAUACAUGCAUAAUGUUAAAACCACAAUUUAGGUGGUUUGCUCCCUCUAAGCCUCCUUAAAAGGUAAUAAAACUUACCUUAUGUUGCUGGCCUCACCUCCGGUCCGCCUACUUGCUGACCUCAUCCAAAUUUAUGAUUUCAGCCAAUCCAAUGCUUUCCCAUAGUAAAAAAUCGGAUUGGCUUAAAUCGGCAAUGAAUGCAUCUCUAGGAGGAAAGUUCAGCGUCUCCAUGCAGAGUGUGGAGAUGCUGAGCAGCCAUGCCGCACUGCCACAGGAUGCACCUCCAGUGGCCAUCUGAGGAGUUUCCACAGAAGGUGUCCCUAGGGGAUAAUAUAUACGCUGCCUUUUCUCUGAAAAGACAGUGUUUACCGCAAAAAGCCUGAAUGGAAUUAUUAUACUCACCAGAACAAAUACAUUAAGCUGUAGUUGUUCUGGUGACUACAAGGUCCCUUUAAAUUUACUCUAAAUGACUCUCCUCAACUUCCUCUCUUCAAAGGUUAUUAAAUCUUCCAAAACCCACUGGUUAAUUUAAGGUGUUCACUUUUUUUGUUUUAUCUUUAAGAUCAGCGAUGUAGUUGUCCGGACUCCCUCCCAGUCUUUCCUUUAAGCUCCAUGCAUGGCAGGAGCUUGUUUUGUGUAUGACAAAGCGCACACAUCUUUAGUUCGUGUAGUGCCGCAAUCUCCUAAAACUGGAGCAAUCUGCAUUUAAAAGGACACUCUAAGCACUGAAACCACCCCAUAGCUUAAUGUAGUGAUUUUUAAGCAUACAUGUUUUCUCUUUUGUCUGGCAAUAUAAAAUAUUACAUUGCUGUUCCUUUUAAACAUCCCUUUAGUGGCUACUUCCUGAUAUAUUUCAAAGGUUCAUGCUCCGUGUGAUCACACUCACCAAUGAUACGAAAUGCGUUUAUGGCUGGAUAACAUGCUUGACUGCUCCUUUAUGCAGUAAGUUAGUUACAUAAAGUAAUUAUAGCUACUUUGACCUGCAUGGUCUACCUGGAUCUUAACCCUCUGACUGCCAGGCUGCCACAGUGCUGAAAUGUAAUCAUUUUUAUGGUGUUGAAGCAUGGUUUAAAUGUGGUAAAUUUUUUGCUGGAAAAAUCAACAGAAAUAUUGGGAAAGGAUUGCUUUUAGGGAAUUUACAAAGCAAAGGACCUGAGCUGUCUUCCCACUUGUGUUUGCCUUGUGAAAUCGAAAUGAACAAUAGAACUUUCACUGCGCUUGACGCGAGUCAUCGGAUAAACAUGCUAGGUUCUGGGUGUCAUCGUAGGACUGCAUGUUCUUUCUUGAUAUAUAAAAUUAUGGUGUAGAGUUUUUAUACAAAUAGCAAGCUGUACUCCUCUAAACAUGCACACUUUAUAAAGGUCAGAAUUCAGCACACCCCACUUCAAGCUAAUUGUCAAGUAUUUAAAACACUUGAUCUAGGUAAAUAUGAUGGGGAUUUCCUUACAGUAUGUCAUUAACAUUCUAUAAUGUUAAAUGACCGUGACACUUUUGGCAGAUCGUACUCUAUAGGGGGCCUCUGUUUGGGCCUGAAGCUCUGGCUCUGACUGAGUGGAUCAUGCCCUAACUACCUCAAGGGAGCAUUUUCGUUUGCACCACUAUCGGGUGCAGUUCACUUUAACAGCUCCCUCACAUUCCCAGCUAGGAGGGGGGUGAGAGCUUUUAAAGUGAUUUUGCAGCUGAUGGACAUGAAAACCACAAUGCUCCCACCAUGUACAACCAUGGAUCUCCACCUUACCUUUUGGUAUGAGGGGUCAAAUCCACCAUCUCAACAAUCAGUCUCCCCACAUUCAUAAAAACACUCAACCAUCACACAUGCCCCUCACAGAACAAAGUUCUAUGAGGGCAUCUGGCAUAAGACCUCCAGUAAUCGUUCCCCAGCUCUGGUGGCACCUGUGCAAGGAAAUCGUGAAAACAUACAUACUUUUACAAUAAUGCUGCUAGAACCAAUAGAUCUAUUUUUAACACUUAAAUUUAGACAUAUUUCAAACAUCUCAUGUACUUUUAGCUUUCUCUCCUGAUGUAUACAUCCUACCCUGUAGAUGGGUUUUCUGGGUUUUGUGUUUUUUAAAGUAUGUAUUUUUUCUCUCUAGCGUCCAGGAACAGAGACUGCUUGGCUGCUAUGGACACAGGAUUCACAGGUGCCUAAUGAAGUUGCAGAGUUUGUUCGGGCUCCGUGGGAAGCGUUGUUUAGAGUCUCGUAUGAUAAAGCAAUCAAUGACAACCUCAACUGUUGCACACCACUGCCUAUUCAGACAUGAUUUCAGGAUGUAGACACUGGGAGCACAAGUCUCAUUAUUUGCACUGUACACUGGUUCAUGUGUCCUUAAGUCUCCCAUGUAAGUGAAUUCAAGGACAUGUUUAGCCAAGGGGACAAAGCCAAUUUUGCACAGUUUAUUUUUUUUCUAUUUCCAGGAACUGCUUGUUUUAAAUUAAUGUAAUAAAGUUUCUACCUUUUUUUAAAAAUGUUCUUCUUUAGAGCCCUAUAUUUAUUCUAAAAUUCACUCAUC